AUGGAUUAUUCAAUCUAUCAUAAAAUUAGAAAUGAUAAUAUUAAUACCAUGGAAAUAAAAACAACGGAUGAAAUAACAUCAUACUUUAAAUUUUAUACCAUUUUAACAAUCAAAUUUUCAGGAGAAAUGACAGAUACACCAUUAAUUACAGUGUUUUCAGAGAUGUUUCCAAAUGUUGAAACAAUAGAAUUAGCUGAAAGCAUCACAUCAAUUAGCACAUACUUUUCGAAUUCGAGUAUUAGUACAAUUAAUCUUGAGAAUGUUCAGACUAUUCAUUCAUAUUGCUUUUAUAAUUGCAAAAAGCUGACAACAGUUGAUCUACAUUCUGCAGAAAUAAUAUAUGUUUUUGCCUUUGCAUAUUCAGGUCUUAAAGGUAUAGUUGAUAUUGGUGCAGCAAGGCUUAACAAUUAUGCAUUUUAUAAAACUGAUAUUGAAGAAUUACAUUGUAUGGAUUUGAAAAAUGAUAUUAUAGAGAAUUAUCCAUUUUUAGAAUGCUCUAAACUUGCAAAAAUUAAAUUUAGGCCACAAAAUGGGGAAAUAUAUUUGAACUCUCUAAAAGGCGCAACAAAUUUAAAUUCAAUUGAAAUAGAUCCUAUUUCUGGUUUUUUAAUAGAAUUUCCAUUAGUUUAUAACACGGAUAAAACAAAACUUUUUGGUUGUGUUCCAUCAACCAGUAUAAAAGAAGUAACAAUUCCUGAAAGUGUCAAUAAGUUAGAAAAUGCAUGUUUUCUUGAUUGCGAAUUUCUUGAAAAAAUUACUAUUUUAUCUACAAGUUUGAGAAGGUUCCCAUUAAAUUCAUUUGCAAACUGCUCAAGUUUGAAAGAAAUUAAUUGUAAAUCAAAAAUAGAAAGUUUUGAUAAAUAUUGUUUCCAAAACUGUGCUAAUCUGGAAAAAAUAAAUUUCUUAGAUACCGUAAAUGAGCUAUCAAUAGCACCUUUCAAAGAUUGUAAAUCGUUGAAGACAGUGGCGUUACCAAAAGUUAAUUUCAUUCCAAUGCAAUGUUUUUAUGGAUGCUCAUCAUUGUCAGAAGUUCAAUUUAAUAGUGAUGCACCUUACAUUAUAAUUGAGGCAGAUGCGUUUAUGAAAUGUUCAAGUCUUAAAACAAUUCCAUUCAAUGAUAAACUUGAAUUCGUAAGUUCACAAGGAUUCGCUCUAAGUGGAUUAACACAGUUCACUAUAACAGAUAAAAUAAUUCAAAUCGGCAAUAAUGCAUUCUUAGGCUGUGCUGAUUUAGUAAUUACUAUUGAUGAACAACAUCCAGUAUUCUAUGUUACAGGACAAGAUAUAGUUAAUAAGAAAUCUAAUCGUGCCAUUUCAUCUUAUCAUUCUAGUUAUUCGAAUAUUAGAUUUAGUGAUGGAAUAACAAAUGUUGAUAUUGACAAUUUGUUUCAGAUUGUAGACAUUGAAACAGAAAAUGUAACAUUUCCUGACUCAUUUGAUUCUUGUUUUACAGAUUUUGGAUUUGCAGCUACGAAAUAUAGUGAUUAUGAAUUUAGAGAUUUAUCGUUUGCCCAAAGAUUUCCAUCAUCAACUACCUUUUAUAAAGAAGGAUAUAAAUCUAUUUACUUUUCAAAUAGUAAUAUUAAAUAUCCUAACAGUUUCCAAGGGAGAAUUGAAUGCAAAAUGCAUGCAACAAAUUUCUAUAAUUAUGCAAUCACUGAAGCAAAUUUAGAGAUAAUUAAGAAAGAUUUCGAAUUAUUAGAUGUUGAAGAUGACUUUGUAAUUGAAGAUAAUGAUGAUAAUAGCACCAAUAUUACAGACACAACGAAUCAAACAGAUACAACAAAUCAAACGGAUACCGAUGAAGACUGCGUUAUCCCAGAGAAAUUGAGUGAAGAAGAGAUUUAUAAAAGCAGCACAAAGUACAAAGCAGAAUUAGCAAUACUAAUUGUUUUUAUAGUUCUAUUAGUGAUAUUCAUUUCCCUUAUUAUCUUUUCCCAGAUCAAACUGCAUAGUUCAACAACGAAAGAAGACAAUGAAAGUGCUGAAUAUCAUAAAAAUGAAUAA